UACGCAGAAUAGCAGGAAAUGUGACAGUGAAGUUUUCCGCUUCCACAAACAAGAGAGCAGCCAGCCCAGUUUUGGAGGGAAUCCUGUGUGGCUGAGUUCCUCUGGGCUGACCUCCCUCACUCUGAGAGAGAGAGAGAGAGAGAGAGAGAGAGAGAGAGGAGAGAGAGAGAGAGAGAGAGAGGGAGAGAGAGAGAGAGAGAGAGAGAGAGAGAGGGAAAGCGACGCAAAGUGAGAAAGUGAAGGAAGAAAGAAAAGAAUCAGGGAAAGGGAAGGAGGGAGAGAGAAGGAAGGGAUAGAGAGGGACAGACAGAGAGUGAGUGAUAGAAGAGGAAGAGUGAAGGAGGGAUAGGCAGGAGGAAGAAAGAGAGAGACGUGAGGAAGCCAAGGAGAGCUACUGGAUGCAUAACAUUCUCUCCUCUUCUUCUCUGACAGUGCAGAGAAAGUUAUGGCCGAAAACAACACCAAUCUCUUUCUGGAAAUACUUCAGUCAUUUGAUGUUGUCUCCCUGAUCAUAGCUUUCUGUGUGUCCAUUGCGGUGGGAAUCCUAUUGGGGGUGCUGGUCUAUGUUGUCCUGACCUGGAUGUCCCGUCGCAGGGCAGGCUCGGGCAGUAUCACCCGCCGGCCACCUCGCCCGUCCCGCAACUCCCCGCGCACCCGGCCUGGCUUCAAUCGCAACAGCAGCUACGACCGGCGGAGCAACAACAGCCUGGUUAGCGCUGCCUUCAGCUUCCACCGCCAGGCCUCCUCUCCAGACCAGGCUGACCCUUUGGGUCGCAAACCCAGCUUCAGGGCGUCCACCUUUCACCCACUCCUCCAGUGCAGCCAGAUCGCCCGGGAAGCUGAGGAGGGGAGCCAGACCACGUUGCCUCGCACUCCAACCCUGACCACUUCAGCAGGGUCAGCCCACCAAACCGCAGCCCAGGCUGCUGCCACUCCACCCAGGCCCGAGUUGUUCUGGAGCAGUAGUAGUCUGAGGGGGUUCCAUGCCACACAGACACCACCUCCUGCUUAUGAGAGCAUUAUAAGGGCCUACCAGGAGACCUGCACCUGAGGAGGGGAUGGAUGUGUCCAGCCUGAUAGUGGACUGACUAAGCCCAGGGUUGUCAAUGGGAUUUUAGAACAACUGGAUAUGUUUGACUUGAGGGGAAAAUAAAUAGCCCUAAUGCUAAUAUAUGUUUCUAUGUGUGUGUGUGUGUGUGUGUGUGUGUGUGUGUGUGUGUGUGUGUGUGUGUGUGUGUGUGUGUGUGUUUGUGUGUGUGUGUGUCCCUGGUGAGCAAGAAAGAGAUGUUUAUUUUCAGAUGAGACAGAGUAUUUGUUGUACAUGUGUGAAUGUGUGUGUGAAUGUGUGUGUGUCUAAUGAGAUCUAUAAGAUUGAGAACUCAUGUUGAUUUCCAUCAUGUACCAACCCAAUCCACCCAUGUAACUGGACUACUUUCUAUUUGUGAGUUUGGACAUGCAAAACUAUAUCGAUAAACAAUGUUUGCAUGACCCAAUGAGGGUUCCUCUCCAAGGUAAUCUGCAAAAUGUGUGUAUGAUUGUCAUGGAUCUGAUUUAUAAAAUGGUCACUGUUUUGGUUGGAAUUUACUGGACACAGAUCAUAACUUAACACAAUAAAAUGCUGAAAGAAAUGGUAA